CCUGUAAUCGAUGACCAUUUGAUGUGUGACAUCGAUGGUCAGGCCGGCCUCCGCCUCGCCGCCGCCGCAAUCCUCGGACACGACGGCGCUGUUUGGGCUCAGAGCUCCACCUUCCCUCAGUUCAAGCCGGAGGAGAUCAACGGCAUACUGACUGAUUUCAACGAGCCGGGGCAUCUUGCCCCGACUGGUUUGUUCCUUGGAGGGGCAAAGUAUAUGGUGAUCCAAGGGGAGCCCGGUGCUGUUAUUCGUGGCAAGAAGGGGUCCGGAGGAAUAACUAUUAAGAAAACGGGCCAAUCACUAGUUUUCGGUCUCUACGAGGAGCCUGUGACACCUGGACAGUGCAACAUGGUUGUUGAGAGGUUGGCCGAUUAUCUCCUCGAUCAAGGCAUGUAGAGCUUUCAAGGAAUUAAAUGCUUUUCCGAUCGAGACCGAGUACUAGAUUUUCCUUUUUUUUUUUUUUUCCCACAUUUUUUAUGUGCAUUUGAUGCUCGUGUGCGUUCUUUUUUGAGGUAUAAGAGUUAGUUUGGGAGGACAAUAAGUGAGCAGUCGUGGCUAUUUCGACACGGUUCAUUUUUUAAUUCGAAUGUAUUUCUUGUUUUCUGUUUAAACAAAAUACAGUUAGUGUGGUUUUGAUAAAGGCCUCAACAUUUUGUAGCAAUUUAUGUAUUGCUCAUUGUUUUUAGAGGCCACAGAUGUACGACUUCUAUCUUGGCAGCCAAACGAGGCCUUAGUUUUUAUGUA